AUGGAUGAGAAUCAAACGGAAGCGAAUGUAACCGGAGUGGCUGUGGACAUGGAGCUGAGCGAGGCCUGGAAAUGGUUUCUCAUUGUGGUACUGGUCGUCCUCAUCAUCAUGGGCACGCUUGGCAACUUUCUGACCAUUUACGUCAUCGCUCGGCACAAAGAACUGCAGACCGUCACCAACGCUUUCAUCUUUAAUCUGGCCGUAACGGACCUGCUGGUGUCCGUGUUUGUGGACGGCUUCAAUGUGGUGGGCAUCGCGGAUACCGGCUUCUUCUUCAGGUCUCCCGCAGUGUGUGAGUUCGUGGGGACGGUCUGUGUGACCUCCUGCAUCUGCUCCAUCAUGACCAUGAUGCUCAUCGCCAUCAACCGUUACUUCUACGUCACGGACAAGCCACGUCACGACCGGCUCUUCACAACCCCCCGUCUGGUCGCCAUCAUCAUCGCGCUCUGGCUCUACAGCUUCAGCCUCUUCGACUUACCUCUGUUGGUCGGAUGGGCAAGACACUGGUAG